GCAACGCUUCACUCCCCCAGGCCGGGGGGCGCAGCAGGCGCUGGCAGUCCCUCCCCCGAGCCGCUGCGCACACGCCGGACCCGGCGCCCCUUCACCAUGGGGCUGCUGCGCGCCCCAGCCCGGCUCCGCCGCCAGCUCGCUGCCUCCUGUGGGCUGCGGGGGGGCCCUUCCCUGGCCCAGGAGCAGCUGAAAUCAGAAGGGAAGCCUCAAAAGCAGAUCUGCCAAGUUGUUCUGGAUCACUUUGAGAAGCAAUACAUGAAGGAGCUGGGAGAGGCAUGGAGCACAGUCAGGGAGGUGCUCACAUCACCAUUGUGCUGGCAAUAUGCUGUUCUGCUUAAUAAAUUCAGCUAUUCCUCUGAACUGGAGAACAACUUGCAUUUGAAGGGGUAUCAUAAUCUCUUUCAGGAAACCUUACCCUAUCUCCCAGGAUCAUUAAAAUGUUACAUUAGUAGAACUCCUGGGAGAUUCCCUGCACAAAAACACCACAUUGGCAAACUCAAGGAAUAUUAUCUGCUGAAUGCUGCUUCACUUCUGUCGGUGCUGGCAUUGGAAAUAAAGGAUGGGGAAAGGGUUUUGGAUAUGUGUGCUGCUCCAGGUGGUAAAUCAAUAGCUAUGCUACAGUGUGCCUGGCCAGGUCAUCUUCACUGUAAUGAGUAUGAUAGUCUGAGAUCAAAGUGGCUGAAGCAGACACUAGAAUCCUUCAUCCCAGAGCCUCUGAUGAAUUUAAUUACUCUCUCUGAACUGGAUGGGAGACAGAUUGGAGAUCUCCAUCCUGAAUUGUACGACAAGGUACUGCUGGAUGCUCCGUGUUCAAAUGACAGAAGUUGGUUAUUCUCUUCAGAUAUUCAGCAGGCUACACUUAGACUCAUCCAAAGGAAGGAGUUAUCUGCUGUACAGGUACAGCUACUAAGGUCUGCCAUUAAAGCUUUGUGUCCUGGAGGAUCUGUGGUCUAUUCUACGUGCACUCUCUCGAAGGCAGAAAACAGUGAUGUAAUCAGUCACAUCCUAAACUCCUGCAGUAACGUUCUGCCUGUAGAUAUAAGUGAACUGGCCAAUGUCAUUUCCGAUGAGUUCUCUCUGGUUGCUGGUGUCCAGCCACAUGAACUUUUAGUACUUCCAGCGAAGGGGAAAGCAUGGGGGCCUAUGUAUGUAGCUAAAUUAAAGAAAACGUAGUCUAGGUGGCAUUAUUAGGCUUUUGUAAGUCAUAUUGACAGAUUCUUAUUUAUUUUUAAUACACUGUAUACAUAUGCAAUCUGUGCCAAAUAUUUGCCCAAGUAGCCUGGAUUUAGAGUUGUGAACUGGUGUAUCAGAUGCUGUCAAAUGAUCAUUAAAUUUGAGGUUUAAUUUGUAAAUAGGACAAUAUCCAGUGUGGCCUAAGCUUGCAGUUGGAUCAGUUGGCACAAACCUCUGGCAUCUGGAUCCAUGUGGAGCCCAUUAAUGUAUAAGUCUACAGAGGCAAAUGUAUUCCAGACUCCGUAAUAUCUUAUUUAUAUAUUAUUUCAUCUUGAAGAGUCCAAAAGCACUUAACCUUCUAUAUAGCAACAUGGCAGAAAUGCAUCUGCGUUUGGGGUGAAGGGCAGCAGCCAACUCGCACAGACCUUGCUGUACAGUAAGGAAGAGAGGAUCUUCAGUGUCUGCCUGAGGUGGACAGGACCUUCGCCAUGGUCUUAUCUGACUGACCUGCACAAAAUAAACCUGCACAGAACUUAACUACUCUUUCACAAGAGGAUGCAGAGUUGCAUCCCCUCUGCUGGGUUUGAAGUGGUCCCAAGGAGUCAGUAUGUCAAACCUGAUACUCUCACAUUCCUGCUAAUGGCACAAAAAGAAACAAAGUUGCUUUGUUAAAAAAAUAAUAAUCCUAAAAUACUUUCAUAAUGAAAAUUUGUUGACAGGAAGACAGAUAUACAAUGUAAUGAUUUAGUCUACAGAGACAUUUUGUUCAUCAGGGCAGCAGUGAAAGUACAAUGCACACGUUUUAUAUUGUUUUCUAUAAAAGAAACCUGAAUCUUU